AGUUAUGCGUCUGCUCUCGCUCAGACUGUACUCUAUGUUAAGUUUCCACCAUGAGUUCUGUACGACCUUUAUCACUUGCUGCUCAAGAUACAAUUGAGAAUCUCCCAACGGACUUUACGGGGGCCCUCUCAACGACACAACACCAGCAAGUUCUCGAGGCUUUCUCGCGACUCAAUCUUCUUUCCCAAGGAUCACAACGUCCGAAAUUGUUCCAGCUCAGAUGCCUCAUAUCAUUACUUUCCGCGAGACACGUUGUACUUCGAGCUGCGACAGGCUCUGGAAAGACCCUUGCUAUGAUUCUCCCUCUACUCCUUUCUCCCAACAAGACAGCUAUCACUGUCACACCUUUGAAAUUGCUGCAGCGAGAUCAUGUACGCUAAAGAUACGACAUUUUCACUCACUCGGAUUGUUCUGGGAGCGAACGUUUGAAAUCUGUGACUCGAUCACGCUCGCACUGUCUGCAUAGCUGGCAGAAGAAUGCGACGUAGCAAUGGAGUGGUUUAUUGUAAUGGCUUUGUCAACG